UUUUUUUUUUUUUUUUAAAUCGUAACUUAUCAAUUUUCUAUAAAACGUUAAUGACACGUCGCUUUUUAUUAUUUCUAAUGUUUCAUCUCAGUCACUGAAACAGAUGAAAUUUCAAACGGUGCUAUAGAUGUUAAAAUACCGCGUCUCUGAAUGUUUAUUACUGGAAACAAUUUUUUAUAUAACUAAUUUAUUAUGCCUUUCGAAUAAUCAAAUGCUUAACAACGUUAUAAAUGUUGUUUAUUUAUUGUUUUGAUAUUGAAAGUAGUACUCGUAAUGUAUUUUGUAGCAAGAACGUUCAUUUUACCGUCGGCAAUCUUGAAAAUCUAAGAUGAAGUAACCUUAAAGUAGCCUUAAUCGUGCAAUUAUUGCAAGCGGUCGUGUAUUUUUUUUAUACAGCAAGGCGAAUGAUACGCAGAGUUUGUUCAGUUUAAGUUUGUACGUUCUAUAAAUAGAAGUAGAAGGGUUUAAAAAGAUAUCAUUAAAAAAAUCUUCACUUAUAUACAAUUUUUAUAACAGAAGCAAAUGCACAGUUUUUGCAUAUUUCUAUUUGCGUACCGAGAAUGUGAAUAACAUAGUGUUAGAAAAAAAAACAAUUACACACUGAAUACUAGUUGAGCAUAGCGAUCAGUCUGUGAUAUAUAUUUUUUUAAUUUUUAAUAUAUAAGUAUGUCGAUAUGUAUGUAUAAUUCACGUAUUUAAAAUGGUAAAGAUACGAUGACCUGUUUCUGCUGAGUCAUUUUGUAUAUUCAAUCAAUUAAUACUUGCAAAUCUUGAAUACCUUCAGUAAUUUAAGUAGCUCAUUCUAUUACGAUAAUGACAAAUAUCACUUGUGUAUAUGUAAAUAAACUGUUAUCAUGUCUAUUAUUAUAUGUGUAUAUUUUGUUAUAGUAAUGUCAUACCAAAAGUAAAUAGAUUCGAGUGACAAGAAAAUAAAUAUUGUAUUAAAUCUAUUAAUUCGUUUUUAUAAGUUACUGGAUACAUGUCCUUUCUUCUUCAAGGACGAUACACAUAAGAUGCCAGAUGUUUCUUAUGAACUGAAUACCUGAAUUUCGUGUUACUAUAGCUCUAAUUGAGAUGAAGCACAUAAGGAUACGUGUGUGUACCGAAGAAACCGCGUAUUGAUGAUGAUAAUAGAGAAUGUAGAUAAUAUGGAAAUGAAACAGUUCGAACAUGCUGAAAAUAACUCAGUAUGUCUCUUGGACUUGUACAUGAAGUGUAUUUUAAGUAUUGGUCCAUUCAUAUCAAUUUUUCAUUGACUUUAUCUUUAAUUAAUUCUAACAAGUUGCAAAGGUAUAUUUAAAAGUGUAAAUAUAAAAUAUAAAAUAUCUUUAGAUAAGCAUGAACAGCAUAAUAAUAAUUAUAAGUCUAUUGGAAACUAUAUCGCCUGCUAUUGGAAAUUUUGGAUAUAGUAAACGUCAACAUUUGUGGAGUAAGGAUUUUAAGCUGUGCGAAGGAAAAUUACAGUCUCCUAUAUCCAUAUCGUCAUUCAAAUCAUUUCCUCUUCCUUUGCCUGCACUCGAGGUAAUCGGUUAUCAUGAUUAUCUUCCAGGACCACUACAUUUAAAGAAUAACGGUCACUCAGUUGUUGUAAACAUAAAUAAUAACGCAAGAAAUAUGUAUUUGCCUUACAUAUUUGGUGCUAGUCUCGAAGUAAAUCAAGAAUACGAACUAGAUCAUUUACAUUUUCAUUGGGGUGCAAAAAAUAACAGAGGAUCCGAGCACGUUUUUAAUGGUAUCAGAUACCCUAUGGAAAUGCAUAUAGUUCAUAGAAAUAAAGCAUAUUCGAAUUUUUCUAAUGCCUUAAAUUACGAAAAUGGUCUUGUGGUUUUAGGAAUCUUUUUUCAAUUGCAGUUGGAAGAUAACAAGUUGUUACAUCCCAUUUUAAAUAAUUUGAGAGACGUGCGAUGGUUACAUAAAGAAAUAAAAUUGCAAACACCUGUAACAUUAGCUUCGCUGGUACCUCGCAAUACAGAUGUAUUUUAUACUUAUAAAGGUUCGUUAACUACUCCCCCGUGUAACGAAGUGGUAACAUGGAUAAUUUUCCCAACCCCUGUACUGAUCUCUUUUAACCAGCUGAAUAUGUUUAGACGACUUUCCGAUGGAGAAGACGUAUUAGCAGAUAACUAUAGAAAAUUGCAAGAUAUAGGAUUUAGAAAAGUGUACGUUAGAAGGUUGAAUUCAUCUCUGGCUACAACAUACAAUGCAACAGUUUUCAAUGUCACGAAUUUAGAUUGGUUUUUGCAUUGAAUCGUAUUUAACCAAUUGUAUCGUAAUCAAUGAAAAAAAAAUUACUCCGUCAUUUCGCUUUUGCUAGAAAAUAAAAUUAACACGUAAAACUUCUAUAAAGUUAGCUUGUUUCUGGAUAAAAUAAAUUGUAGUUUAUUUUUCGAAUAAAUAAUGUAUCAUCGAGGAACUAUACUCCUGUUUUAACGUUUAUUAAAGUUGCUGAUUAUUUAAUUGCA